AUGCGCGGCAUCUACAUCCGUCGACGCAUCCGCAACAAUGGAUUCCCAUACAACGGAGGAGACAACUUCUCCUUCCGCCCUCAAAAACCACUGCUACUGAUACCGCUAUCUCCAACACUUUCAAAUAUUCGCGAGAAAUUCCAUUACUAUCUCCACGUCUGGAUGAUACUCGCUAUGGCAUUCAUAACUGCGGUCAGUUACUUCAUAUUCACCCAUUUCGACGCGAGGUGUCAUUGCAAUCUUUCAGGGAACGAGGUCAAGGCCGCUGCGAAUCGGCACGCGAUGAUAGGACAUAAUUGGGGAAAGGCCAAGAUAGUGGUUGAUGGAUGGCUGGCAGGGUCGUGGGCUCUCGCUGCUGGAUGGCCUACAAUGUUCCUGCUUUGCGAGAUUGUCAGAGGGAUCGAUAUGUUGUGGUGCUGGUAUCGGGCGAGGCGAACGCUGCGAAGUCGUAGACGACCAGGGGCUGGAAUUGAGAAGGAUGUUGAGGUCGGCGAGGACUGUCCACUGCUUGCUGGCAAAGAGGACGACACUGUGGAAAUGCCAGGGGAAAAGCUUUCAGUACCAUGCGAGAGCGACAGCCGCCCAGCGCAUAAUCAGCCAGCAGGAGCGGCAACGAGAUCGGAGGCUCACAACGUGCUCGUCGACCAGCUUGACUCUGGCACAAAGCGCAUCAGCCAACCAAGCGGACGGAUCUCCGACGAUACAGCUUCUGAAAAGUCCUCCCCUGCAGGUGUCACAGUCAAGAUCCAAUACUGGUGGGAGGCCGAUGACCCGUCCGAUUUCGUCGAAGAAGAAUGGCGAUUUCCUGGCUGGACCCAGUUUACGGACGACCUGGUCGAUCAACGCUUCAACGGCACCACUAUCUACAUGCGUUAUCCGCCCGAGGCCCUGUGCCGAUGA